CACCUUUUUGCCAAAAUUUACAGGUGAGACAUCGUCAGCUGUGAGUUCCCGAUGUAACGUGUUAGAAAUUAAUGCGAAAACUAACGCACGCUAAGGUUGUCACUUCGAUUCAUAUGGGGGCACAAUAGACGAUAUCAAUUUCUGCAUUCAAGCGUUGCUAAGAUACAAAAUUAAAAAAAUAUUUUUUUAAAUGUCAUACUAGUGACAUCCGUUUCAUCCGCAAUAGGACUCGGGUCAUAUAAAUGAAGCAGCUCCUUCCACUGACAAUCUUUGGUUGUGUUUUAUGCAGCGCCUGUUAAUUCCGUAGCACCGCGUGCUAAUUUUGGUGGCGUAGAAAUGAAAUUCGUCGCUAUCCACAAUCCACCGUUCGACAUUUACAUUCGCGGACCGAAUGGUACUUUUACCCUUAGUGGAGUGGCUACUAACAUCGUCGGAUGGAUGUCUAAAUAUUACAACUUCAAGGUCACGUUAGUGGCAGUAAAUGAGAGCCUGGUUGAAAAAUUUGGUACGAAUGAAGCAGCCUAUCACCAGCUUACCGAUGAUGAAGCAGUCGACGGAAUCAUUUGCGGCUUUGGCCUCACUCUCGAUCGUAUGAAACGAAUGGGUUACACAUCUUCGUUCGUGUGGGUUGAUGGAUUCAGUCUUGUCGUUCCAAAACCUGGAGAAGAAAGUCGUUUAUUUGCCUUCACUGGGCCAUUUCAACCAACAGUUUGGCUCUUUAUCCUCAUUAGCCUCUUGUUCAUGGUUGGUGUGAUGGCCGUGUUUACUUGGUUCUACAAGAACCCCUCGUUCAGUAAUUACAAGGACAUUUCCAUCACAAACAGGAAAGAGGAUAGUGCGAUGAUGAAACCGGAUCGAAAUAAAAUUUCUAAUUACGUUAGUUCCAACCUAAUUUACGUAGUUAAUAUUCUCACUAACCAAGGAUGUCGGGAAGCGUUUGACCGUCAUUCAUUCCGUGUCUUGGCUGGAUUCUGGCUGUUAGGCGCUAUGGUUUUAGUCAAUUCUUAUUCGGGUAUCGUCAUUUCAUCAUUAACUGUACCGAAAAUGAAGCCGCCGAUAGAAUCGCUCGAGGAUUUGGCUUCGAAUAAAGAAACCGGUAUCGUUCUUCGACACGACAUGACGAUGGGAAUACAAAUUUUGAAUGCCGUGAGUGGAGUUUACAAGGUGCUCGGAGAUAAAGCUCGGCAGGAUCGUAAUCAAAUCGUUGGCGAUGCAUUUAAAUUGAAUAAAAUGCUGGAAACUGGGAAAUACGCGUAUCCAUUUAUUCAAACGUUCAACACCUGGUUUGUGGCGUUACAAUACAGGAAAGACGGGCGUUGUCGUUUUCAAGUAUCGAAACCAUUGCGCGUGCCAUACGGAUAUUAUUUCUGGCUGACGAAGAAAGGCAGUUCAAACACAAAAUUGCUGAACGAUGGAUUAGUUAAAUUGUGGGAAAGUGGCAUAUCGCGGUUUUGGGCGAAUAACCAAACUGGUUUGGCUAAAGCCGCCGAAUGUUUCGACAGUAGACGGCAGAAAACAUCAGCCCAACAAGUGCCUAUUCGUCUAUACGAUUUGACGAGUGCAUUUCUCAUUCUUGGCAUCGGACUGGGUUUGGCCAUCCUUUGCUUUUUGAUAGAAUUAAUUCAAUCUAGAUUUCGGCGCCAGACGCAACAGAUGCAAUCGAAAGGACGCAGUUGUAUCGAUUUGAAAUGAGUCACGAUCCGACUGAAACUUAUUUUUUUGUUCUUUAAAUUAGAUAAAAAUGUAAAAGUAAGAUCAGUCAUGUGAAGGUUACAGUUGGUCACAGAUAAGAUGUGAUUAAGGCAUUGCUGCGCACUUUGGAUUAGUUCACAGGUUGACGCAGUUGUUGUGUAAGUUCAUCGCAACGGUUUUGUCCCAAGCACCGAAACGAAAUCUCGUAAAGCAAUUUUCUACCUCUUGACUUUUUUAUCACGUACAGACGUCAUGAGAAAGGAUUUCACUAUUGCACUAAUAAAAUAGGUUGUCGACCAAUUAUAUUUCACUGCAUUCCGAAUUGUAUUACAAAUACCCACCCAUGGAAGACGCAAACGUUUAAACAAGGCGAUCCCAUUGUUGAUUUUAAAUAUGGACCUUUACACUCAACAUGUGUGGUGGGUAUUUAAUGUUGCUUAACAGCUGGGCAUAAUGAAGCUUCUUCUUUGUUUGGAAUUACUGCAUCGAUAACGUGAAUAACUCCUUCGGUCUCGGUCAAAUCGAAACCAAUGAUUUUUGCAUUUUCAAUAGUUACACCGCCUAAUUCCGCAUUGGACCAAAAUUAGUUUAAAU